AUGAACCAAAACCAAAAAUUCAGAUGUAUUGAAAGAAGGAUUGCAGAUGCAGCAUGUUGGACAAAGAGCCCUUUAAUCGGAAUGACUGGAAUCUUUCUUCAACUACUGAAGAAUGAAGGGCCUAGGUCUUUGUACUUGGGUUUGACUCCUUCUCUCACUAGAUCAGGGUUUUACGGUGGUCUCAGAUUGGGACUAUACGAACCCACCAAGGUUUCUUUCGAUUGGGCGUUUGGGUCUACCACUGUCUUGGUCAAGAUAGCAUCAGGAGAAUUUGCUGGGGCCUUCUCCACUGCAUUAACCAACCCGGUUGAAGUUGUCAAGGUAAGGUUGCAGAUGAAUCCAAAUGCAGUUCCCAUGGCACAAGUGCGGGAAAUAGUCUCUAUAGGAGGCAUAGGAGCUUUGUGGAAAGGAUUUGGUCCUGCCAUGGUUAGAGCUGCAGCACUAACUGCCUCACAGCUUGCAACAUACGACGAAACAAAGCGGAUUCUGGUUAUACAAACUUCUUUGGAAGAAGGGUUUCAUCUUCAUUUAUGCUCAAGUGUGGUUGCAGGGGUAGUAAGCACGCUGAUAACUGCUUCCAUGGACAUGAUUAAAACCCGCUUGAUGAUGAUGCAUCAUGAUUCCGGAAGCUCCAGAAUCUACAAAAACGGGUUUCACUGUGGUUACAAGGUUGUUCGCAAAGAAGGAUCUAUGGCACUUUACAAAGGGUUAGACAAAAAGAUAUCAUUUCUUGAGGAUAUAUAG